AUGCUGCUUGGCCUUGAUACUCCCUUUAAGUUCGGCUUGUUCAUAGGCUACAUCGUCGUAUGGACCUCUCAGAGCAUUCUAGUGCAUCUAGCUGCCAAGAGAGGCAUCGAAUACAACUACACUACUGUUGUUUUCCUGCAGGAUUUCUGCAAGAUGCUCAUAACUGUUUUCUUAUUCGUCCGUGCUGAGGGCAAUCUCGGUGAUCUUGUACGUCAAAUGGCGGUCCAUAAGAAGCUAGCUGGCCUCUAUCUGGUCCCAGCUGGGCUCUAUGCCAUUUACAACAACCUCACAUUCGUGUCGAUGUCUACCUUUGACCCAGCGACAUACUAUGUUCUACUACAGGCCAAGUUGGUGGUGACCGCGGUCCUCUGCGUUACAUUACUGGACAAACCCGUUAGUAAAAUGCAAUGGUUUUCCCUUUUUAUUAUCACCAUAGGAGCCAUGAUGAAAGAGUACAAAGUGUUUUUGCAUGGUUUCGAAGGUGGUCACUCUAUAUGGGAUUACCUCCUAGUGCUCUUGCUCGUGAUGCUCUCUAGUUUUGCCGGGGUUUACAAUGAGAAACUCCUAAAGGGUCAGGACACAGCGAGCCCAAAUGUGCAGAAUAUGUUCAUGUAUAUAGUCUCUAUGGCUUGUAACGCUCUGGGGUUGAUGCUAAGAGGCUCAGGUUGGGGCCUCAUCACUGCAUUUUCAUCCGAGAAUCUCAAACCAAUACUUUCUUGGAAUAUUUUGGCGAUUAUUUUCAACGCCGCUAUAACGGGAGUUAUGACGGGCUUCUUCCUAAAGCAUCUGAAUUCAAUACUAAAGUCAAUAGCAGCAGCAAUUCAAGUGUGGACGGUAGCAAUAACCUCAUUUAUAGUGUUCGGAUAUCCGAUCGACUUGGGAGUAUUCCUUUCUCUAGUAUUGGUAACUGCAGGCGUGUGGAUUUAUAGCCGAUACCCGGAGAGCCCGCCCCCCACGGCUAAGUUGGUUCCAACACAAGAGUCCAAUGAAGGGCGAGGCGACGUCGAACUUGGUGCUCUGGAAAAUAGCGAUAUAGCAUCUAACUCGGACGAGCCUUUGCCAAAGAACGCGAGGAACCGUCCAUCGUCAGCGUCAUUGAGUGGGAAGGAAUAAGGUUUUGACCGGGUGUA